CACAGUUCGCUCAUUACCGGAUUCCUGGAUAGACGCGAUAUUGUUAGCGAUUCUGUUUUAGUUUGGACUUUGUCAAAACUUCGAGUGAAAGAUGUCGUGGAUCACUUCAACCGCGACAGCGAUACUGUUGGUUGUAGCUGUCACAUGCUCGCCUAUCGAUGUUCCCGAGCCAGCGAGGGAACUGUUGCCACCCAAGGUCGACAGCGGUCCAUCACUAGACACUGACUCGGUGCCACCACCAGUGUCAGUAGACAUACCGGACAAAAACCACGCGUUCGAGCAAAACAUCGCUGAUGCCGCAGAAAGUACAGCCCAGGAAAUGACAAACUUUGGCAAACUCAUGAAUAUCCGUGGAAAGAGGCAUCUCAAGGGCAAGAAAUCCUAUGGUGGCGGAUGCGGAGGUGGAUGCGGUGGUGGAUAUUAUCAGCCUCAACCGGUGUAUCGACCUCAACCUGUUUGCAACACAUGCGGAGGAGGUGGAUAUGGUGGAUAUGGAGGCUCUUAUUCUCAAGCAUCUGCCCAAGCUUCAAGUUAUGGACGAUAAUCAAAGAUAAAUGUCCGAGUGACAGAAGAGGAUUUCGUAUAUUAAUAUAGAUUUUAAGAGACACUUGCGAACAUGUUAAUGCUUGAGACUGUCAUAUGUAUGAAAGUUUGAAUAUAAAUAUUUUCAAAAAAGCACUUUUUUAAAAUAAAUAAAGUUGAUUAGGCUUUUAAAGUGAAUAAUAAUUUAUUUUGAAUGCUGACAACGUAAUACUUAAUUACUGUAUUUAUUCAAAACAAUAACGUUUUUCAUAUUCACUAGAAAUCAGUAUAAGUAAUAAUUUCUAUUUGCUGCUGCUCGCAUGAAAGUAUCUACUAAUUUUAAAUAACGAAGUCGUGAGCCCCUGCCAACAUGCUACCCGCCCGCCAACAGCGUUACAAACUAUAUGCAGAAUUUUUAAAAAGCAUACAACUUUUGACUAAUACGUACCAGAAAAUCUCUUAGAAAUGCUGCAGUUAAUUAUAAAUAGUUUUUAAUGUAGAUUUAGGUAUAAUCACAACGUUGUUCCUUGGCAACAUUCUAAUUUUGAUUUACAAUUUUAAUUUCACAAUUCUACAAACUUGAACGUAUACCGGGCUGACCUAAAAACUGAAGGAAAAAAUUUAAAACUGUAAAAGCAAGUCAAUGCUUCUGUAGUUAUACUGUCGCUCUUGAAAAAACUGCAAUUACCGAGCUACUUUACUGUAAAGUAUAUCUAUACUGCGAUAACGGUUUUGAUUCUACUGUUUUUUCUUUCACUUUACGACUGGGUGUUUCGGUUGAAGAAACUUGCGAAUUUGUAGCUCGCGUUAUACUUACUUUACGUUCUUUCCUACAAUGUAAAUGUAUAAAGUACUUUUUAAGCAAACACAUGCAUUCCAUUAUUUACAAAAAACAAAAUUUAAAACUUUCUAUUGAACUUUGCGAUAAUAGGUUCAACGAAGUAACAGAUGUAUCUUAAGAUUUUAUCGUAAUUAUCACUUAAAAAUUAACGUAGCAAAUUAACAAGCAAAUAUGCAAUCAUUUGCGUAAGUUUUAGUCGAAUCGGCAAGGGAAUUUUCAUUGCACAUAUUUUAUUAGUUCUUGAAAAUCCUUAUAAACCCAUUCAUUAAAAGUCAGUUCUAAAGUUAAAAUUUUCAAGCUGUUGAGUUUUAACUGAUAAACUUAAUUGUCACUUAAAAGGAAAGGUUCUAUAAGUUGCCUAUUAACGUGUCUCGUACAACGAUGAAAUUUAUGGAUGCAGAGUCAGAGCCUUAGGAUAUGUAAGCAUGAGUUCUCGGUCAAGAUACACGAUAUGUGGGUUUGCGGGUCAUUUGCUCGUUGUUUUCUAUACCUUAUUUGAACGUAAAUAAGGAAGAAAUAAAUUUUCGUUUACUCAUUAUGUAAUCUAUGAAAAUGGAUAGUUAAGAGCAUACAAACAGUAAUCUUGCGUUUUAUCGAGUACAAGCAGUCAUUAGCCGAUCAAAUGCUAAAAAGAAUUUUUCUUUAUUUUCUGUAAACUAUAAUUCAAGCACGCAAGGACUAAGAAUUUGGCCAAUUUUAUAUAGAAAGAUGGAAGUGAUGAGAGGAAAAGAUAAAUCGUCUACGCUAUUACAGCAAUAAAGAUGUUUUUUACGGCAGCAAAGGGAAAAAUGAUAGCCUGAUCCAGCUUGAUCGUUUUUUUAUGUCGAGCAGGUGUAACCUAACGAUGAAUAGAUUGGAAAUAAAAUUGCGCGGUUAAAUGAAAAAAAAAUGUAAAUAAAUAUUUGGAUCUCACUUUUCAUUAACGUAUCAAGUUUCUUCAAUAAGCAAAAGCUUUACUACUAGAAACAAUCAUUUACAUUCAUCAAGAAGAUUAUACGGUGUUGGUCGUAGGUAUUUGAAUUUAUAACACAAACAUAUUUUAGUAAAAUCUAUGCAUAUAAUUGAAUAAAGUAAAAUUUUCAUAAUUGCAAGCUUGUGCACAGUAAGUAUAUAAUAAUUUACUGUGGUAUACACGUGUGAUAAAAGUCAUCACUCUAAUGGCAUUAUUAAUCUCGUCAAAGUCGUCAUAAAUUGUGAAGUGAGCAACGAACAAUAUUCAUACCAUUCUAAAAUUAAGUAUGUUCUAUCAUACUAAAUAUUUUACUUCAUGUGGAAUACUAAUCGUUGUAAAUGCUCGCCGAUAAAGUAUAUGAGGUGCGGAAUAUACACUUAGUUUCAUAUAAACAAUCUUUUAACGUUUUGCUCUUCUAUUUAGUUAUUCCAGGUCGUAUAAUGGAAGUAACAAUAAAUUUACAAUAUUGAAUUCAUCAUUUUAAUGUUUUUUAUUCUAAAUUUAAAAUAAGUUUUUAAAAGAAAAUUAGUACUUUAGCUUUUUUGCCAUGAUGCGGAAGCGCGUCAUUAAUUUAAAGAAACAAAAAAGUGUACAUUUUUUAAAUCGGGAUACAGAACGACUCGAUGAACGUAUUCUCCCUGAGGGUAUAUGACAUACAAGCGAGUUUACCCCUCCCCUUGACCACAGAUAAAAGAAAAACCAGGAGAGGGAAAGUAAAAAAGGAAGAGGCGGCGAUUGCGACCAGUAUAAAGCUUCACGAGAGCUGGAUCUGAAGUUUAGUCCGUAUCCAGAGGUGCGACCCACUAUCAUGAUGCGAAAAGUGAAUGCGUGUACAGGCGUGAUUGUGCCACUUCUUAUUUUAGUUAUAGUGAAAAAUGCUAAUGCACUGCCCAUCCAAUAUUUACCUGAGGUUCCCGGUUUUAUACCUGUGUAUAUAAGAUAUGGCGACCAACCUUUGGAGGAAAUUAAUCCCAUGCUAGCUGAAGCUUUUCAUGAAUCGACUGGAAUUUCAAAGAGUAUUGGAGAAAACAAACUGGAUGAGUCUGCAUCUGAAAAAACAAAGAAAGAUAGUCCAGCCCAAGUGAUUCCUUUAAAGCAAUUAAUCUCUGCUUUAUCCCAAGAUCGAAAGGAUAACAUUAAAAAUCCGUUAUCUGAAAAUGAAUCAAUCGUGGAAAAACUGAACGAGUUUUUACCGUUAGAAAAUAUUGAAGUUAAAAUAAUUAUGGGUGAUCAAGCAAAACGAUAAAACAUCAUUUUAUUAGCAUUGACCUGGCUAUAACAACAUUUAUACAACGGAUUUAGCUAUAUGACUUGAUAUCAGCCAUGACUUUUAUUUGAAAUGUAUUCAUCUGUGGAAGAUAAAUACUUAAAGCUAAAAUGCGGUGAGGAAAUUCGCAUGCAGACACAUUAGUUUAUAAAAAUAUGUUUUUAAGUUAGUCGCAAUAACGUUGAAUAUAAAUUGAGGUUACUUUCUACGCUGAUUUAUAAGUGUAAAAGCAUGUAUAGUUAUUUUAUGAAGCUAUACGUCAAAGAUUUACUUGUAUCAAGUAUCUGCGACGUGCGAAGCUGAUAAAACCAAAAAAAGAAAUUGUCUGCGGUUUUCGCGGCCAAGUCAAUGACUGCCGUAGCUGUAGUUGAUGUGACGUCGUACCACUGGCCUUUACCAAGCUGAUUCGCUGAAAUUGUUUCAGUCUCAAAAAUAGAAAACAAUGUAAAGAUGAGUAUGCCAGAAUUAUCAUUAAAAGAUUAAAAACAUAAUUUUGUAUAUUUUUUCGCAUAAAAGUUUUUUCCGCAUGGAUGUUAUUGGAUUUUACCAUGAUACGGCGCAGCUAGUUUAUAUCGGGAUUAUAUUCAUUUUUUAAAUAAAAAGCUAUCAAUAAUAGAUAAGCUCAUGUUAAUUUAUAUCAAAACUUGUGUGGCAUUUUAUAACAACGAGCAAUAAAUAAUCUUUUGCAAUGUUCCGAAAA